GGCGACCGCACGGAAGAGGCUGUGCGCAUGAGCAGAUAAGAACUAGCCGAGGCGGCGGGACCCCCAAGUUUGGAAAGCUCUGUUAACGGGCUGAGGCUUUGAAGACCUCAGGGGACUUCUCUCAGUACUCACAGAAACCUCCUACACCCUCAGAUGGCACAAAGGGACUGUUUUCUUACUCUUAGUCUGAGUGACUGCCAAGAAGGAAGGCAAAGGUAGAGCAACUGGAUCUCUGGCUCUCCACGUAGCUUCUGAUCUCAGACCUUACUAAAAUGCUUUCUGGGCCCAAGGACAAAGCUCACAUGAGCAAAUGAUUUUGAGUCAUGAAUGAAAAAUCUUGCUCUUUCCAUAGUAAAGAAGAAUUAAGAGAUGGACAGGGCGAAAGAGUGUCUGCUGGGUAUUCUCCAUCAUAUGACAAGGACAAGAGUGUUCUGGCUUUCAGAGGAAUCCCUAUCUCAGAGUUGAAGAACCAUGGCAUUCUCCAGGCUCUGACCACAGAAGCUAAUGAAUGGGAGCCACGUGUUGUGAGUACAGAGGUGGUGAAAGCCCAAGAAGAAUGGGAAGCUGUGGACACCAUCCAGCCAGAGACAGGGAGCCAGGCUAGCUCAGAGCAGCCUGGGCAACUAAUCUCCUUCAGUGAGGCCCUGCAGCACUUCCAGACUGUGGACCUUUCCUCCCUCAAGAAAAGAAUCCAGCCAACUAUUCAAAGGAUUGGGCUCGCCGCCCUCCAACACUACCUCUUUGGGCCUCCAAAGCUCCACCAGGGCCUUCGGGAAGAAAGGGACUUGGUCCUGACCAUUGCUCAGUGUGGCCUGGAUAGCCAAGACCCAGUGCAUGGCCGAGUCCUCCAGACCAUCUAUAAGAAGCUGACCGGCUCCAAGUUUGACUGUGCCCUUCAUGGAGACCACUGGGAGGACCUGGGCUUUCAGGGAGCGAAUCCAGCCACAGACCUGAGAGGCGCAGGCUUCCUUGCCCUCCUGCAUCUGCUCUACCUGGUGAUGGACUCAAAGACCUUGCUGAUGGCGCGGGAGAUUUUCCGCCUGUCUCGUCACCACAUCCAGCAAUUCCCUUUCUGUUUGAUGUCUGUGAACAUCACCCACAUCGCCAUCCAGGCCUUGAGAGAGGAGUGUCUCUCCAGGUGAUGUAAUCGGCAGCAGAAGGUCAUCCCCGUGGUGAACAGCUUCUAUGCUGCCACAUUCCUCCACCUCGCACAUGUCUGGAGGACACAGCGGAAGACCAUCUCAGACGCGAGCUUUGUCCUCAAAGAGUUGGAAGUAUUGGCCAAGAAGAGCCCACGGCGGCUGCUCAAGACUCUGGAGCUGUACUUGGCCAGGGUGUCAAAGGGACAGGCCUCCUUGUUGGGAGCACAGAAGUGCUAUGGGCCAGAAGCCCCUCCCUUCAAGGAUCUCACCUUCACAGGCGAGAGUGACCUGCAGUCUCACUCAUCCGAAGGCAUAUGGCUGAUCUGACCUCUGAGAUGAAUGGAGGCUCAAAGGCUGAGCUGCAGGGGCUUUCAGAGGGUCAGUGGAAACCAUGUCAGGAGCCUGGCCAGGCCACACCCCUUGCUGUCUCAGCAGACGGGAUAUAGGAAGCUCCUGGGCUUAGCUGUGGAAAGCCAAGUACCCUCACCAGCAUGGGACAUGAGGGGCAGCUAGACUUCACCCACUUCCCACAGACCUGCUUCCAGAGCAAGGAGAAUUCUGCCUUAAUCUGUUGGGCUCCAGUCUCCAGGUUGAAUUCCAGUGUAUCCCACUGGGAGUGAAUGGAUCAUGAUGUGGGAUGGCCCCAUCUGGAUGUUCUGCAGAUCCCCACAUGGGAGGAGAUUCCCAAGUAGAGGCAGCCAGAAUUCUGACUCCCUGGCAGCAGCGGGGCUUUCAGGCACCGGUGUCUGUGUUGUUAGAACUCAAAGGAAGAGGGCAGGGGCAGCAGCCGAUGGGGCAGCAUGACCCAAGCAAGGGGCCUGAGGCCUAAGUGGGGGUGGGGCACGGAGGUACCUCACCAGGUGGGUGUCAGGCCCCCUCUGGAGUUUCUGGCCAUUCACUUACCCACUCUCUUCUCCCCCUGACCCCCGCUCCAUUGUUUAUGAUGGAAAAAUGGACAUUUGGCUAGGUGUCUCUCACAGCUGCUCCAUCCUAGCCCCCACAAGCUGGGGCUUCCUCCUGUAGAUGCUGUGCACGCCCCAUGAUGGGUUUCUGGCCUAAUUGAGGGAAGGAGGAAAUUCGUACCAGCAGUUUUCAAAUAAAAGAAUUGUUCUAAUUAA